UUUAAGAGUUAAUAUAAAACAAUAGAAGAAUAAAGAAAGACAUGAGAAAAAGUAAACCCUCAAGUAUAUUGUGAAAUUCUAAUUUGCAUAGCAAGAUUUGAAAACAAGAAGAUUCAAUGUUGAAUGAGUGAUACGUCGAGACGGUAAAAAGAAAUAAAACAUCAGAUUAUAUUGAUUUGAGAGUUAAUGUAAAACAAUAGAAGAAUAAAGAAAGACAUGAGAAAAAGUAAACCCUCAAGUAUAUUGUAAAAUUCUAAUUUGCAUAGCAAGAUUUGAAAACAAGAAGAUUCAAUGUUGAAUGAGAGAUACGUCGAGACGGUAAAAAGAAAUAAAACAUCAGAUUAUAUUGAUUUAAGAGUUAAUAUAAAUCAAUAGAAGAAUAAAGAAAGACACGAGAAAAAGUAAACCCUCAAGUAUAUUGUGAAAUUCUAAUAUGCAUAGCAAAAUUUGAAAACAAGAAGAUUCAAUGUUGAAUGAGUGAUACGUACGUAGCCUAUCAUGUAACUGCUGUACACACAAGUCCUAAAAACAAAUUUACUACUUACAUUGAUACAAUUCUCUAUGAUUUGUUGAGAUUUCUAACAAGAUCUCCUUAUAUCUUAUAUGAUAAGAUUCACUGUGAUAAAAUUGAAAAGUAGAAAAUGUUAACUAGCUUCAAACAUUUCGAUCACAAGUGUCCAAUAUGUGGACAAAGUUGUCCAAAUCGAUCUGCAAUGAAGGUCCAUAUAUUAUAUCACACUGGAGAGCGGCCCUUUAAAUGUUUGACAUGUGAGAAAGCAUUUUUCCGACUAAAGCAAGUAAAGAGUCAUUUGUUGAUACACUUAAGGAAGUCUCCUAUAAGUGGGGAAUCCAUUCAACUCCAAAGCCAUAUGAAGGAGCAUUCGCAAAUUCAUACGAGACCCUAUAAGUGCACUGAAUGUGGAAAAUCCUUUACAAAAAUAGGCAAUAUGAAGACACACACUUUGGUUCAUACAGGAGAGAGACCUUACGAGUGUGCUACAUGUGGAAAAUCCUUUACAACAAUAGGCAAUAUGAAGACACACACAUUGGUUCAUACAGGAGAGAGACCUUACGAGUGUGCUACAUGUGGAAAAUCCUUUACACGAAUAAACAGUAUGAAGAAACAUACAUUGGUUCAUACAGGAGAGAGACCUUACAAGUGUGCUACAUGUGAAAAAUCCUUUACAACAAUAGGCAGUAUGAAGAGACAUACAUUGGUUCAUACUGGGGAGAGACCUUACGAAUGUGCUAAUUGUGGAAAAACCUUUACAACAAUAGACAAUAUGAAGAAACAUACAUUGGUUCAUACAGGAGAGAGACCUUACAAGUGCGCUACAUGUGGAAAAUCCUUUACACGAAUAGGCAGUAUGAAGUCACAUACAUUGGUUCAUACAGGAGAGAGACCUUACGAGUGUGCUACAUGUGGAAAAACCUUUACAACAAUAAGCAAUAUGAAGUCACAUUCAUUGGUUCAUACAGGAGUGAAACCUUACAAGUGUGCUACAUGUGGAAAAUCCUUUACACGAAUAAACAGUAUGAAGACACAUGCAUUGGUUCAUACAGGGGAGCGCCCUCAUAAGUGCACUACAUGUGAAAAAUCAUUUACUUUCAAAAGUUCUCUGAAGAAACAUACAUUGAUUCACAGUAGAGAUACCUGAAAAGUGUAUCACAUGUAAAAAAUAUUUUGCAUUCAUAAGCUGUAUAAAAAAGGAGAUUAAAAAGGUUCAUAUCGAAAUACUAUAUGAACUAAACUAAACAUGAAUUUAUUAAAAGUGCAUGAGUGAAAAUGUGUUGAAAUUGGUUUUUAAGUACAAUAAAAUCAAAAAUGCAAAGAAUCAAAGAGAAAAUGUAACAGUUUAUUUAAACACAACUUCCAACUGCUUUAGCUUAGCUUUUUUAUGUGGCAUAAUAUUUUUGCAAACUGCUCUUUUUUUAUUUAGUACUCAAAUAAUAUUUUUUGUAUUAAAUUGUGUGUUAUGUUGUUACAACCCAUGCACUUUUUCAUCUGGCACUUCCAACGAAAAGUUCCAACGAAAAAUCAAUAGGUUUUUAUGCAUAUCAUUAGUUAAUCAUUUUGGUACUUUGAAAAAAUUUAUUUUUUGUUCGUUACCGGAACGAUUUUGAAACUCAUCCUCCUUAUUACGAUGUGUAACGCUAAGCAGAACCAUGCCCCCACCCAUGAGCGUAACGUAAUAUGGGGACUUUUAACAAUUUUAAUGACUGUAAAUAAAUGUGAUUUAUUUAUCAUAGAUUGUGCGUCUUAUGUGUUUUUGGCAAUUUCCUAUUAAAUUAUUAGCUAUCUUCUCUAUUUAAGAACGAAUCAUUUUUAAGUUCCCUUCAUCAUUUCGUUAUUUCCAAUUAAUUGUGUUAAAAAGCUGUAAAUUGUGAACUAGCCUCUAAGUCGCUAGGCAAUAGGCAUAUCUUCAUCUAUAUAAAUAAAAUUAGAGUUUUGUCUGUACUUUGCUCAGAAUUAUACACUUUUAGGUUAUUUUUACGUUUCAUACAUUAAAGAAGCAGAAACGAGUCUUAUCUCUAUUUCUGUCUGUCUGUCUGUC